AUGUCUGCUCCGCCAUUGAAAGGAAUCAAGGUCGUUGAGCUAGCUGGUCUAGCUCCAGGCCCAUUCGCUGGUCUCCUUUUGGCCGACUACGGCGCAUCCGUUCUUCGUGUCGACCGGCCGAAUGCUGUCAGUGGGGACAACCUGACCAGACAUAAGAAGUCAAUUACGAUUGACCUACGAGAAGCGAAGUCACGGGAUGUUCUCAUCCGUCUGCUCACUGCAACCGAUGUCCUGAUCGACCCAUUCCGCCCGGGAGUCCUUGAGCGUCUCGGUCUUUCACCAACAGAAGUCCUUCUCAAACACAAUCCGAGGCUCAUCGUCGCGCGCAUGACGGGGUUCCGACGCGAUGGGAAAUACAAGGACAUGGCAGGUCACGACAUCAACUACAUUGCCGUUUCAGGCGUCUUGUCCAUGCUAGGACGAGCUGGAGACAAGCCCUAUGCGCCGGGCAACAUUCUCGGUGAUUUUGCUGGCGGUGGUGCCAUCUGUUUCUUAGGAAUUCUGAUGGCACUCAUCGCGCGCUCCAGCACUGGUCGUGGACAAGUCGUCGAAGCCAACAUGGUUGAUGGAUCAGCAUAUCUAGCCACCUUCCCUCGACUGGCGCAAAAAACCCCGGCAUGGGAUGGACCCCGAGGAGAGAACCUGUUAGAUAGUGGAUGUCCCUACUACGAUACCUACGAGACCAAGGACUCAGGGAAAUACUUCGCCGUCGGAGCCUUGGAGCCGCAGUUCUACGCAGCAUUGUUGCGCGGGUUAGAACUCGAUCCAAAGUCACUGCCGAAACGGGAAGACCGGGGAAAUUGGCCUGCCCUUCGUGACAUCUUCACCCAUCGUUUCAAGGAGAAGACUCGUGCCGAGUGGGAGGCCGUCUUUGACGGUACCGAUGCCUGUGCCACGCCCGUGCUUGAGAAUGUGGAGCUUGAGGCUUCGGGAUACGAGCAGCGCCCAGUCGUUCACUUAUCCCGCACACCCUCUCUCCCCAUAAACGCAGACGAUGGUGUAUGGUCCGGGGGUGGCCUCAUGCCUGGCGACGGCGGUGAGGAAACCCUCAGAGCAUGGAUGGGCUGGGAACCCAACAAGGACUUCUUGAUCCGGAAAGACGGAGCGCUGGUCUCCAUCGGCGGACGAGCAAAGCUGUGA